AAGCCUAGAGGCUCUUGCUCUGGGAUGAGGAUGAUGCUGCAGUGUGUGUCCUUGAGGUCUCCAUGGAGACGCCAAUCAACAGCUGGACCUCGCCCAGGGAUCUAGCGCUUGCAAGAGGUUAGAGAGGCACUGCAAGGCUGCAAGGCGAAGCCGGAUUCCCAGUGGAUUCUGUGCAAAUCUUCCAGAACGUCGUGUGAACUCAUCACAGUGACCACUAGAGCAUCAUGGCAGAAAGCACAGACAUGGCUUCAUUGGAGGAGAGUUUCCGGAAAUUUGCCAUAUAUGGGGACACCAAAGCUACUGGCCAAGAAAUGAAUGGCAAGAACUGGGCGAAACUAUGCAAAGACUGCAAAGUCAUUGAUGGCAAAGGGGUCACAGGCACCGAUGUAGAUAUCGUCUUCACCAAGGUGAAGGGGAAGACGGCCAGAGUCAUAAACUACGAGGAAUUCAAAAAGGCUUUGGAAGAGCUGGCCCCAAAGAGGUUUAAGGACAAAGGCAAGGAAGAAGCCUACGAAUCUAUCUGCCAGCUGGUAGCAGGCAAAGAGCCAGCCAAUGUGGGAGUCACCAAAGCCAAGUCCGUGGGGGCUGUGGAGAGACUCACGGACACGUCCAAGUACACGGGCUCCCACAAGGAACGCUUUGACGAGAGCGGCAAGGGCAAAGGCAAGAGCGGGCGGGAGAACAUCGUGGACAACAGCGGCUACGUGUCAGCCUACAAGCACGCCGGCACUUACGACUCCAAAGUGAAGAAAUAGGAGCAACCACCUCCUUCUCAUAUCUGUUUGGAGAGGGGCCACCCCAAUGAGAUGCCUGCCAUUUGGGGGUUCAGCUUUUGUUAGGCCUGCUCCAGCCUUGGAGAUAUUGCUGGGAGGGGUGCCUGCCCCCAGGAGGUCGAUGUGGCUGUGGCCCAGUCUGGCCAUGUGUUCACCUCCCAAUGUUAUGCAAAGUCAGACUUAUAUCUACUACACUUUCCUGCAACACACUCCACAAAAAGCUUUAUUACCUCAGAUCCCCUUCCCUUGCCUUAGCCUGCCCUCUUCUGCUUCUGAAGCUUCACCCCAUGUCCCUGCUCCGUUCAUUAGUCUGAAAGAUGAGCGUUCCAAAUGACAAAAAAGCUUCAUGUGUUGAAUUUCUGUCUGCCUGCAGCUGUUAAACGUGCUGAGCUUUUGUCAAGGAGACAAGAUGGAGGUCUUACCUGGGUUUCUGCAGGUAUCUCAUACUGCUCUUCCCAACUCACUAACCACUUAUGGGGGUUUCCUUCUCUCCUUGUGGCAGCCUUCUCCAGCCUUCUGCCCUCCAGCAGGGAUGUAGCCAGGGGGGGGGGUCUGGGGGGCCGGGCCCCCCCCCUCCCAUUAGAAAAAUGAAUGGUGUGUGCUGCUGCGCCGCCGCACUCAAGCCCCAUUAUAAUGGUGGCACUUAGUCUGGAACCCCCCCUUCCUAAAAUCCUAGCUAUGUCCCUGCCUCCAGAUUUGCUGGAGAACAACUCUUAUCACCUCCAGCUGCCACUGGCUGGGCAUCUCAGGAGGGCACACAUCUGGAGGGCAUCAGGUUGGAAAGGAGUGCCCUUUGGGCAUCAUUUCUCUGCUUCUGAACUGUAUUUUUAAAAGCUGUAUAUAAAUAAAGUGCUAAUUAUAA